GCGCUUCCGGUUCCGGCUGCGGGGAAGGGGCGGGGCCGAGGCUGAGGUGGGAGAGUUCGGCGACGACGAGGCGUGCCGGCUGACCGUGAGGAGCUCGGAACAGGCUCCCAUCUCCCCGUUGGAGAGCUGCUGGCGGCACGAUGAGUCUGCAGUGGACUGCAGUCGCCACCUUCCUCUAUGCGGAGGUCUUCGCCGUGCUGCUCCUGUGCAUUCCCUUCAUCUCUCCCAAAAGAUGGCAGAAGAUUUUCAAGUCCCGCCUCGUGGAGUUGGUAGUGAUCUACGGCAACACCUUCUUUGUGGUUCUCAUUGUCAUCCUUGUGCUGCUGGUCAUUGAUGCUGUUCGCGAGAUUCGAAAGUAUGACGACGUGACGGAGAAGGUGAACCUCCAGAACAACCCCGGGGCUGUGGAACACUUCCACAUGAAGCUUUUCCGUGCCCAGAGGAACCUCUACAUUGCUGGCUUUUCCUUGCUGCUGUCCUUCUUGGUUAGACGCCUGGUGACUCUUAUCUCCCAGCAGGCCACGCUGCUGGCCUCCAAUGAAGCCUUUAAAAAGCAGGCAGAGAGCGCUAGUGAAGCGGCCAAGAAGUACAUGGAAGAGAAUGACCAGUUAAAGAAGGAAGCUGCCGGUGGAGUCAAGUUGGAUGGCAGGGACGCUGAAGUGAAGUUGGAGGAAGAGAACAGGAGCCUGAAGGCUGAUCUGCAGAAGCUGAAGGACGAGCUGGCUGUCAACAAGCAAAAACUGGACAAAGCUGAAGCUGAGGCUCUGGCCAUGCGGAAGCAGUCUGAGGGCCUGACCAAGGAGUACGACCGCCUGUUGGAGGAGCACGCGAAGUUGCAGGCGGCGGUAGAUGGCCCCAUGGACAAGAAGGAGGAGUGAGGGCCCCCGCUCCCCACCCGUGGCUGGCUGCUUCCCGAGAGCCCGGCCUCCCUCGGUACUUCGGCUCGCUCCCUUCCGCUUUCGUUCCCUCGCUCCGCUUGCAGUUCCAUGCCCUCCCAGCAUUAUGUAGGGGACUCAGUUCCCACCCAGGAUGAGUAAGGCUGCGGCAGGUCUUGCUUCCCGCUGUGUUAAGCCCCUUCAUGUUCCCGCUGUGUUAAGCCCCUUCAUGUUGAUGCUCGGGGCUCCAAGGCCUCUUUUCUCUGGUCCUGCAGGAGGGUAGGUGGAGCAGGAAGAGUAGAGUUUCUCUUGGGGCAAUAAACGUUGUGUUGUGUC